AUGGUUAAGAAGCGGGCGUCCAACGGACGUAACAAGAAGGGUCGUGGUCACGUCAAGCCGAUCCGAUGCUCCAACUGCUCGCGAUGCACUCCCAAAGACAAGGCGAUCAAGCGAUUCACCAUCCGCAACAUGGUCGAGUCUGCUGCUAUCCGUGAUAUCUCGGAUGCCUCCGUCUUCGCCGAGUACGCUGUGCCCAAGAUGUACUUGAAGCUUCAAUACUGCGUGUCCUGCGCCAUUCACGGAAAGAUUGUUCGUGUCCGUUCGCGCGAAGGCCGUCGCAACCGUGCUCCUCCCCCACGUGUACGAUACAACAAGGACGGCAAGAAGGUCAACCCCCAGGCCACCGCCAAGGUCCCCGGCGCUCAGGCAUAA